UGCCACACAGUCGAAAUCAAAAUUCAACUCAAAAUUCAAGUAAAAAUUGUAUAAAUAGAAAAUGUCCGUUUCGUGUGGAAUUUAUCAUGAGCGCCAGAGCCGGCAAUUGUGCGCCUUGCACGCCCUGAACAAUCUGUUUCAGGGCAGAGAUCCCUACACCAAGUCGGAGCUGGACGAAUACUGUUACAUUCUGACGCCCCGCUCGUGGCUGAACCCGCAUCGAUCGUGGUUCGGUUGGGGCAACUACGAUGUGAACGUCCUCAUGUACGCCCUGCAGCAGCACCACUGCGAGACGGUGUGGUUCGACCGGCGGCGCGAUCCCACGUGCCUCGAUCUCGGCCAGAUUCUGGGUUUCAUUAUGAACGUGCCGCUGCGCCUGCCGCUGACCCAGCUCCUGCCGCCGGCUCUGAGAAUGCGCCACUGGCUGGCCCUGCGCUGCAUCAAUGGCAGCUACUACAACCUCGACUCGAAACUGCGCCAGCCCAUGUGCCUCGGCACUGAGGCAGAGUUUGUCGAUUAUCUGCGCGAACAGCUGCGGCCGCACACCGAUCAAGAGCUCUUCAUUGUCAUGACCAACGAUCGGGCGACGAGCGCUGAAGGCGACGAUGCCGCCACCAGCGAAGAUUCCGACCAGACGGGGGCCAACCAGCGCUGGCUAAAGCCGCAAUUUCGAAAUGCCAAGUGAAAUAAAAUUAACAAGUUAA